AUGAGGGCGGAGAUAAUUUUGUGUCUUUUUAGUGUGAUCUCAGCGAAAGCUGAAGAAAUUGGACUAUGGACUGAUUCAAAUAUAAUCAACAACCGUUUAUCCUAUGAUGUAUAUCAUACAACGGAAGAGAUUGACAACUAUUUGAAAGAAAUAGCUGAAACUUACCCAAAUGUCGCGAAACUGGAAACUCCCUCAAAGUCAUUCAACGGUCGUCCGAUUAAUUUACUUAAAGUAUCCACUACGAAUUUUGAAGACCAAUCGAAACCUAUAAUUUUGAUUGACGGAGGUAUGCAUGGACGGGAAUGGCUAACAAUACCUCCUGUAACAUACGCCAUUCACAAACUCGUCGAAAAUGUUACGGAGCCCGAUUUGCUUGACAAGUUUGACUGGAUCUUUUUGCCAAUGGCAAAUCCUGAUAGCUAUAACUUUUCCAUUGUUUCGAGUGUCGUGUGGCAGAAGACACGUUCGACUGAUAACCACCCUUUGAGUGCAGUAUGUCUUGGUGCUGAUAUGGACAGAAAUUUUGAGUUCGCUUGGAGACCCAUUGACCUCGAUGGUACACCUUGCACACCGCUUUACUCAGGCAACAGACCAUUUUCAGAAAUUGAAACGAGAAACCUCAGAGACAUCAUCCAUGAAAACCUUAACAGACUGCGGAUGUAUAUCUCGUUUGACAGCUUUGGUUCCAAGGUCCUCUACCCGUGGGGACAUGAACCAACCUUGUCAACCCAGGCUCUUGGUUUACAUACAGUUGGGGUAGCUAUGGCAGAAGCAAUGAAUAAAUACGCUGAAGACAAUGAACAUCCAUUUCCUCUUGGUUACUCAGUUGGAAGUGAGGCUAUCAUGCGAGGGUAUACUGUAGGAGGAAUGUCCACUGACUAUGCCCAUUCUGUUGGAGUGUUUCUAACAUAUAAGAUAGAAGUUCACGGCUUCUUCGGAGGAUACUUCCAAGCGCCCAGGUAUAUCAUCCCAACAGUUCUUGAGACCUGGGAGGGAAUAGUUGCUGGAGCUCGCCGGGCAUACACAUUGUUUUAG